GUGCGUAGGCGAGGAAGGACCUUCCUAUGCGGUUACCAAAGCUACAACAGGAUGAUUCCUACCAAGGGCGACUAGAGCAAAUAUGCCUUGCACGCAUUCUCCAGUGUCCGAACACCCCGUAAACAGCUAGAAAUGAUCAUUAGCGCUCUGUAAACUGGCCGACACAUGCACCAACGAAAAGACAACAUACUUGUUCUCUUUGCAACGUACGCCCUUAUACCGAACAUGCCACCUAAUACUGGAUAUGCAAGUUGACUCACUUUCAUCAACCUUCCGUCAAGAGGGUGGAUAUGGUAAUGGAUGUAGAAAAUUUUCUGCCAAACAGUGCAGUGUUGGUCUUAUCAUUAGCAUGGAAUAUUUUCUUCGAACCGAUCCUUCCAAUUACAACGCCAAUGAAAUUUUAUCAGCUUAUCAGUUGAAAUACCCUCAAUAUGAUACGCGAAUGAUUAACAUCAAAAUCAAGAAAGAUCUUGUCCGUUUUAAAUUACAAUGUCAAGAGAAAGCAGCUGAAGCAGAUCGUUAUCUAAGAAACUGGAAAGAGUUUACGAACGCGAUGCAAAAGAAUACUGCCGUUGAACGAACUGACGACGUUAAUGAAACGCAAGGGCAGCCACGUCACGUACAAGUGACAAUUACUCAGAACAUUGGUUCUGUAAGCGGCGAUAAUACGAUCAUUGCCAGUGGCAGCGAUACCCACAUUGGCUCAAAGCGGCUAUUGCAAAUGACGCCGACAUCAACAGCAGGGAGAAAAAACAAAAGAAUCAAGCAGGCGAGGAAACUACUGUUCUGAUAGCCGAAAGUCCAACAGCAACCGAAAGCAUGUCCAGCCAAGCGCCAAUCGAGGAGUACAGGAAACUCAUGGGAACUGUCGAUUUCUGCGAUUCUCACGCUUACAGGCGAGUGAAAUAUGAUAG